AUGGAACUUACGAGAGUUGAUGAAACCCUAACGGCAUUGAGCACACUUAUGGUAGAUCCAAGCAGUCAUCGUGGCUGUUUGUUCCAAAUUCCUAUUGAAGUUGUUGGUUUGCCUGCUUUAUUCAUUCCUUACCUUGCCCACAAGAUUUCUGCCUUCAAUCUUGCUGCUUCGUUGUGUGACAAUUUGGCCUCAAAAAUUGCGUCCUUUGCUUACGGUCUAAUAAGACGCUGUAGGGGAUUCCAUGUGUCAGCUCAUGUGGAUCUUGUUGAUGUAGAUGUACAUGAAGUUGCACCAGAGGAGAUCAGGGCAAUAUUUGAUAGCGAAGGUGCUACUGUACCAAGGGGGGCAUCCGAAAAAGUGUUGAAGAAGUUGAAGAAGGAGAGGUUUUACCUGAAGCAGGGCAAUGGUGAUUCUUCUUCUGGUAGUAGUUGCGUAGUUUGCUUGGAGGACUUUUCCACUUCAGUUGAGCUCACAAAGCUACCUUGCGCUCAUGUGUUUCAUGAAAAAUGCAUCUUUCGUUGGUUGCAAAAUUCCAAAUCCUGCCCACUUUGCAGAACUGAUGUGGAAUAG